AUGUUUGAAAACCUGAAGUGGCUCCAAAUAUUCAACAAAUAUGAUCUUCACAGCAAGAGCAAGGUUCGUAUCGAUGUUAAGAAGGUCAAGCCAUUCUAUCUCUCUCUUAUUGAGAAGUCUGGUGGAGAAACCCGUGUCCUGAUUGGUCAUGUUGCACGGUUCCACCACCGGGCUCCUGUGAGAUUAUCAAUGGGGAAGGAAUACCAUACCUAUGUCUAG